AUGUCGCCGUCAUAUUCUGGCUCCAGUAUUGAGGAGGCACCUGAGGUAGAAGAGAUUCAGCCUCAAAGAACAAAGUCACGGCGAUCCGAUGCGGGCAAUGACUUACAUCUUGUGCAAAGUCAUAUGUCCCAUCAUGAUAUGCCCGUGGCCACACAUGAAUUCCAUGAAGUGGAUGCCGAACAAUACUUGCGCUUUUCACCCUCACGGAAAAUAGUGAUUGUCGCAGUGCUAUCGUUCUGUUCAUUUCUGGCCCCAAUUUCUUCAACGUCUAUUUUAUCAGGAAUCCCGGAGGUUGCAGAAACCUACAACACCACCGGAAGCAUCAUCAAUGCCAGCAAUGCUUUAUACUUAGCGUUUAUGGGCAUCGCCGCGCCUUUCUGGGGACCAUUUAGCCAAGUGUGGGGCCGGAGACCGAUCUUUCUAAUUAGUGCUUUUCUGUUCUUUGCUUUUAGCAUUGGCACUGCACUGGCCCCAAAUCUACCAUCAUAUUUUAUCUUCCGUAUUCUCACAGCCUUCCAAGGAACAUCAUUCCUCGUGGUAGGAAGCUCUGCAAUUGGAGAUGUUUAUGAGCCACGAGCCCGCGCAACAGCUUUAGGAUGGUUCCUCUCUGGUACCCUUAUUGGACCUGCAUUCGGACCAUUCAUCGGCGGUGUUAUUGUCACAUUCCGCUCCUGGAGAGUAGUCUUUUGGCUCCAAACUGCCCUUGGCGGGUUUGGUACUUUACUAGUCUUCUUCUUCUUCCCAGAGACAUACCCCCACUUGGCCAAGGCAGAUGAGACCCAGAAAACACCCAAACAAAAAGCCCAAUUCCUCUGGCACCGCGUCAAUCCUCUCCGCGUCGGCGUUCUCCUCUUCUCUUACCCGAAUCUCUUCUUCGCAGGCCUAGCAGCCGGCGCCCUAGUCUGGAAUCAAUAUUCUCUCCUCACCCCAAUCCGUUACGUUCUAAACCCCCGAUUCAACCUUACCAGUCCCAUCGAAUCGGGAUUGUUCUACAUCGCCCCGGGCUGCGGGUAUCUAGUUGGUACUUUUAUGGGCGGGCGAUGGGCCGACUACACAGUUAAGAAAUGGAUCCGCAAGCGUGGUGGCGUUCGAGUUCCAGAAGAUCGACUCAAGUCCUGUCUUGUCUUCCUCGGAAUUGUUAUUCCAGGCUGCAUACUGGUAUACGGAUGGACAGUCGAGAAAGCCGUGGGCGGGAUUCCCGUGCCAGUACUAGCUAUGUUCGUACAAGGUAUCGCGCAACUCUUCUGCUUCCCAAGUCUGAAUACCUUCUGCUUGGACGUGAUGCAAUCCUCUGGCCGUAGUGCAGAGGUCGUAGCAGGAAACUACAUGUUCCGGUACGUCUUUGCUGCCAUUGGCUCUGGUGUUGUCCUUCCGGCUAUUAAGGGGAUUGGUGUUGGUUGGUUUAGCACCAUCAGUGCCGUUUUUCUCGUGAUUGCUGGUGGUUGUGUUUGGGUGACUACUAUUUUCGGAGAUAAGUGGCGAAAGGAGGUUGAUGCUAAGAAUCAGCAAAAAGAAGCGAAAAGGCUAGGAGAGCAGGUCUUUUCACAGGAGAGUGAGAAGAAAGCUGAGGUUUGA